CCCCGCGCAUGGUGAGUGGGCGUGACUCGUGCGCGUUUCCCCUCCCUCGCGUGUGGGCGGCCCCGUGCAGGCGCGAGCGCAACACGACACCCGAGAGGAACAGGGGGAGGAGAAAGAGUCGACAGAGUGAGGGAAAAGAGACGAGAGUGGAGGAAGAAAGUCGGUGAAAACAUCGGGAAUGGGAAUUUCACUCAGCCUCUCGCCGAGAUUUCACACCACAUGUCAAACUGUUACGAACGCAUCGAAAUGAAGGAAUGAAGAGCGGAAGCGAUAGAACUCCUCUCGGACUGCCUCUUAUAUAAAGUCAAAACAAGUCGUUGCUUUCACACGAGUAUGCCGGGACUGCUGAACCCCCCGCGCUGACUCCAACGGGACGGAAUUCCGCUGCUGGGGAACGCGCUUCUCCAAACGGAGCCAGGAACCCGAGCACGGGGCUGGGCGGUCCGGAGGAUUUUGAAAGAGUCUGACAGUCGGGAUCAAAUAAAUCAGUUCACUUAUUAACACGGAGGCAUUACUAACCAGGUGAACCCUGACGGAAAGUUGGGCUUGAAAACUAGAGGCUGUGAGGCAGACGGACAGGUAGGCCGCCUGCACUUUUGGCCCGGAGGAAUCCAGGAGUCCGAUUGAGGGCAGAUCUCUGCCGAUCUCCGUCAUGAAGACUCCGGGAGACUCGGGUUUUGCGUUCCCAGACUGGGCCUAUAAGCCAGAGUCCAGCCCGGGCUCGCGGCAGAUCCAGCUGUGGCACUUCAUCCUGGAGCUGCUGCGGCGGGAGGAGUACCGCGAGGUCAUCGCCUGGCAGGGCGACUACGGCGAGUUCGUCAUCAAGGACCCCGACGAGGUGGCGCGUCUGUGGGGCGCACGCAAGUGCAAACCGCAGAUGAACUACGACAAACUCAGCCGCGCACUCAGAUAUUACUAUAACAAAAGGAUCCUGCAUAAGACUAAAGGGAAGAGAUUCACCUACAAGUUCAACUUCAACAAACUGGUGCUCGUCAAUUACCCGUUCAUAGACAUGGGAUCUACAGCUGCAGGUGUUCCUCAGAGCGCUCCCCCGGUGCCCAGUGGAGGUGGGGGCACACACACACACUCUCACACACACUUCAGCUUCCCAGCGUCGGCGGCGGCGUGUGACCUGGCGUCCCCUGCCGAGGCCGAGGGGCGGAGCCCGGGCAUGUUCGGCACUCUGGGGCGUCGCCUGGCGCGAAGCUCCGCCUCCGACUGCAGCGAUGGAACCUCGGGCAACUCCGAGGUGGACGAGGGGGUCAGCGGGGGCCCAGAGGAGCGCGAGCGUCUCCGCGCCGCUCUGCUGCACCCGCGCCUAUCCCACGAGGCCGUGCUGCGCUCUGUGUAUGGCGGCGGUGGCGGACCCUCGUCUGGUCACCCUGCGCGUGGACGGCCCCCGCCGGCCGAGUCGCUCUCGCCGUUCCCCGCGUCCCCCCUCCCCGCGGGGCUGCUGCCCCCGCCCCCCCUGUCCCCCGCCCUCUCGCUGACCCCGUCCGGACAGCAGCUGGCCUACAGCCCGUCGCCCUCGCCCCUGCUAGGCUCCUCCCACUUCUCCUUCAGCGCGGAGGACCUGCAGCGCCUCCUGCAGGCGCAGGCGCAGAGCGUCUACAACUACCACCUGAGCCCCCGCGCCUUCCUCAACUACCCCCACCUGCUGCUGCCCCACCACGGGGCAAACGCCGGCCGCCCGCCUCCGCAGCGCUCACACCCCGCACCCCCCCUCUCCCACCCACACACACUCUCCCACGCACUCCAGCUGGGCGAGGACUACACCCACGCCACACACAACACCCACGCCACACACUCCUCUCCCUACAAGUUCAAGCUGCAGCCGCCGCCACUGGGCCGUAAGAUGCGUGAGGGGGGCAGGCAGAGCUCGCUCUCUUCCAGCUCCACAUCCGGCCUGGGGUCAUCGCUGGGGUCAUCGCUAUCCUUUGGCAGCGACCUAAGCUCCGCCUCCGGAUCCGGACUCGUCUCCCAGUCCUCGUCUACGGGCUCCCUCAACAGCGCCGGGCUGCCCAAGAUCAAGGUGGAGCCCAUCUCUGACAUCGAGUCGGAGGAGGAGGUGCAGGUGACGGAUGAGAGCGAUGAGGAGGGGGAUGAGGAUGAAGACUUCAAGCCCUUCUCCUCUUCCUUGCAACAGCACCACCUUCAUCAUCAUCAUCAUCAUCAGCACCACCACCACCACGGGCACCAUCAUCAUCGUCCUCACCUUGCAUGCCAGCCCCAUCGCCAUGCCAACGGCAGCGCCCACCCCCCCGCACCUGAGGAGGACCCGGACGAGGAGGACGUCUUCAAAGCCCCCGCCCCUCCCCUCACGCCGCUCCGCACCGCCCCCCUGCCCCCCCUGAAGAGCGAGCCGCUCGACCCCCCCCUGACGCCCGCGACCCCCCCCGCGCAGGGCCAGUGCAUCCCGCUGAAGCUUCGCUUCAAACGCCGCUGGACGGAGGAGCAACGCAUGGAGACCAACAGCGUGGAGCAGGACGACAAGAAGCUG